GUGCAUACGUACGAGGCGGGUGCGCGUUUCCGAGGGGGUUUUGGUGCAAAAUUUUCAUCACGCAAGAGAGAGGCCAACCGUUUGUUCUGCCACAGUAUCGACCGACGGGCAUUUCUAGUGAAUUUACGUCGCGGUUUGUGUUGGACCACGGUGCGCGUUUCGGGUCCGUGCUGGAUUUGGUGGAAGUUGUUGCCUCCGUCUUUGCUAGUAAAUUCUGCAGCCAAAGGGUCGUGUGUGCAGCGUUGUGCAGAAAAAAGCAGAUCCCCCCCGUCCAUCGGUGACCGUGCAGCAAGCAGUGUGGUGGCAAGUGGUGGAUGAGAGAAAGUUUGGUGGCGGUUUUCCCGAUUAAGCAGUGGAAAAAAGUACAGUGUUUUGGUUGCAAGAAGAUUUCCAUUUGUGUAACGUACGAGUAAGCGAAGAAAAGUUCUUUCCUGUCCCUGCAAAGUACAAUCCAAGUGAGCGUAGGACAUAACCCUCCUCCCAAGCCCCACGGUCGGUCUCCUCUCCACAGUCCGCGAGUGUGUAGUUUUGCGCAAUACAAAGUGAUGCGGGACCUGGCUAAUAAGAUGGCUGAACUCAAAUUCGAGGCACCACUGGCACAGUUCGAGGAGAGCGACGAAUGGGGCCCGGUCGAGUACCAGUCGUCGAAUGGCGGGAGCACCAACAACAAGGUGGUCGCCAUCAGUGACACCCUAAAUCUGAACAAUCUGAAAGAGUCACUCCGUUCCGUGGACGGCCUCAGCCCGCAGCAGCAGCUGCAGCAAAAGGACGACGAUUUGAACGAGCUGAAUGACAACCUGCUGCUGGGGGAUGACACCGUGCGUGGCGAUGAUACGACCAACACGACCAACAGCGCGACCACCGCGAACAACAAUAACAACAUCAAAGUAGGCCCGCUCAAGGAUAACGUAGACUUUGCGGAAGCGUUCACCGGCAGCCUGGAGGACCUGGUCAAUACGUUCGACGAGAAAAUUACCAAAUGCUUCGGCAACUACGAGCAGUCGGUGGAGGAGCUGGCUCCGGUGCAGGUUCGCUCGCAGGAGGAAAUCAUGAACGAAUGCCAAAUGUGGUGGACCAUUACCGGCAACUUUGGCAAUAUUCUCCCGAUCGACUGGUCGAAGACGUACGCUCGACAGAUGCACGUGCCGGCACUGAAGCUUGGAAUGCGUAAACCGGGCACUCCGGAUGAUGAGCUGCUGCAGGACCUGAGCUCGGAGGACGAAGCGGUCGCGAACGAUCUAGACAUGCACGCGCUUAUUCUCGGCGGUUUGCACGCGGACAACGAACCGAUCAAAACGGCCGACGAAGUGAUCAAGGAGAUCGAUGAUAUUAUGGACGAGACCGGCUCGGAGGAUGGCCAGCUGGAGAGUGAAGUGAUUGAAAAGGCAAAGGAGGUCCUCGGAUCACCGUUGUACGAAGAGAAAUUACGCUCCCUGUCGAUUACCCAGCUCAACGAGCUGUACAUGGAGAUGGAGGUGCUGAUUCGCGAGUUCUCCGAAACUCUCAUCUCCGAGCUGGCCCUGCGUGACGAGCUCGAGUACGAGAAGGAGCUGAAAAAUACGUUCAUCUCCCUACUGCUGGCCGUACAAAACCGUCGUCGUCAGUAUCACGUGGAAAAGAAGAAGGGAAAAGCGGCCGGGAAAGGCUCGGCCGGUGCCCAGAACACCUCGGGCAUGGAUCCUAAGUAUCUCACCACAGUCAUUCCCUAUCAGCUGAACAGCACACCGGAUAACCAAACACUUCAGGUCCUGAUAAAAAUACUCAAAGCCAUUAACGAAGACAGCCCAACCGUUCCUACGCUCCUGACGGACUACAUCCUGAAGGUGCUCUGUCCGACGUAAGCAAAUCGUUCAAGUGUCGUGUGGACGAGUGCGGGAGCUAAUGCCCUCCCCCUUACACGGGGCAGCACUACUACUGCUGCCGUGUUCCGUACGUGAAAAAGAUGUGUAGGUUAAUUUGAACGAUUUCGAACUCAUCUCUCAGCAGAACAUGGCCACCGAGCUCGGUGUUCCCAUCUCUGAAUUCUCCUAUUCCGGGAGGAAAUCAAAGCGCGCAAAAAACUCGCAAACGCAAUGCUAUGUAGUAUGUAAUCUGUAAGUGUUUGACGGUUUAUUCCUCCGGGUAAAAGCAUAACUAUGGCAGUCCCCGCAGUUUCUGUCUCCCUUAGACGCAGAAGCUUUUCUUUUUAUUUAUUGCUUACAUCAGCGCAACUGCAAGUUGAGUCGUAGAGGACAAAGCAAUCACGAGCAGGUCGCGGUUGGUGAGAACUCGAAAAGAAUGAAGAAACGUGCUCCAUGCAAAGAAAAAUAUAAAUCGUGAUGAUAAUACUCCAGUCGGUACGAUAUAUACACGCGCCAAUCCAUCCUGGUGCUCGACAGCUCAUAAGCCUGUUUCAAAGGGACACGAUCUUCAAUGAAGAUCGCUGUUGAAACAUUCCAUCUUCGUUCGGAGUUGUUUUAAGCAAGCCGUAGACGUUACAUAUUAAUCUGUGCAGAUCUUUGACGUCUACAGCUUUUCCUUAGCUCUUUCCAACAUCCCCGAGAUAUUCGGGAUAUCUCGAGGGAUGUUUGACAGACGAUGGGUACGAGAGAACAAAGGAAAUCUGUAGACGUCAAAGAUCUGCACAGAUUAAUAUGUAACGUUUAAAUCCAGCUUUACGCACAUCGUAUCGUAGUAGGCCAGCCUCAACGCAUGUGACAGAUAUUCGAUUCGAUUUUGUUCACUUGCUUCGAAAUUACGCCCAUCGCCUUCGUACUGCCAUCUGUUGGUCUAAACUCCUGGGAACGAAGAGGAAGAGUUCGUCCCACGUGGGGUGACACCGUCUCCCUUAUCUUUGAAUUACGCUAGUCAUAUAGUGAAAUGAGCAACAAAGGCGUCUCCGUGUACCGGGAGGAAACGGAACUACCGAUGCCUACUAACGUGUUCGUAUUUUGUUGAUCUGUAAGUUUUUGUUUCUCUUAUUUUCUGUUGCGUAAUUAGAUUACUGUCGUUAUUGGCGUCAGUUGAGCAAUAACUAAACUAGAGAGAUACACGCUGAGUAUGGUUUAAGAUAACAUCGUGAAACUAUUUUCAUUCACCUAACGAAAACAAUUAACUCAAACUCAACCUUAUCAGGGUGACGGUGGAAGUAUUUUAAGCAAAGAGUAACACGAAACAAUUAGGGCUUUUCCUUCAGAUAUCUGCUUUACUCGGUUUCCCUUUUGCUGAUCAUCUCAAUUGGCUGCUAGCACCAUGAUUGGUUGUUCAGCGAUCGUCAUGGCAGUAGCAAACAAGACAAAAUUAUAAUUAUUAAAAAAAAUUAUCAACUCACACGUAAAAAUUGCAAUGUGAAACGUCAAUACAGUGCAAUGUGGAAAUGCCAUAUAGUUAUGAGUUAGGUUUUCCUUUGUUUUUUUUAUCAAAGAUAGAAAUACGCUUCGGAAGAGAAUUUUCGCACCCUUAUAUAGCUUCGAGAAUUGUGUAGUAUCUCUACCCAACACCCACAUAUACACACAUUUAAAAUUAAGUAAGUAAAUUGACCAUAAAUAUGAGUUUGUGGGACAAUGCAUGCCGAACAAAUGUGGGACAUGCGAGAAAAGAGUAGAAGAACGAGAUUUGAUUUUUGAAAGCCAAGGAUCAAAUGGAUAAGUGCUUGAGAUAUGAGAGACAGAAGAAAGGUUAUAUAUAUAUAUAUAUAUACAAGUAAAUGUAUUAAAGAAGUAAAAGUCAAUAAUAUUUAAGGAAAAAUUGACAGAGAAAAAUGCGUAAAUGGCGAGUAAAAGAAGAACGUUGUGUCCGAUGGUAUGCCCCCCGUUGUGCUGACUCGAAGUGUCAGACCUCCCAGAACGUUGAUAAUACUUUCGUUUUUCGCAAUUUUCCCAAUUUGCAAACAAGGUAAUUUACGUACAGAGGGUACUUUGUUCAAUUACAAAAUUAUCGUUUGUCGUUUCAAUAAAACGUGCAGUGGAAGAAUAAUUGCUUUACGUUAGAAAGAGAUGUAAAUUUUGAUAUAGCUUGUUGUAGUAUGGCUCACCUCUGCAAACCAGCAUGAAACUAUUCGAAAACUAUGUGUAUGUUUGCAUUCCUUUGUAUCUGUUUGCGCGGUUUUAAAAGAUGUUAAAUUCAUCCAAGAAAAACAUUGAUAAUAACGAAAACAACAGACACAACCAGCAGCAGUUUUGUGUCAGCUCGUAGCGUCCAAACGUAGGAAAAUAAAACGAUCACCAAAGUCCACGGUUCACCGUGAAAAGUAGCAAAAUAGAAUCCCGUUUUUACAACAUGGCUUGGUUUUUAAAUAGCUCUCUCGCUCUCUCUAUCUCAAUCUUGUUGACACUGAUAAGCUUCUGGUAAGCGUUCCAAAACACAUAAAACAAAGUAACAAAAAAAAACAAAUUGCAAACAAACGAAAAUAAAUGAAAUACAUGAGAAACAAACAAAACCAAAACGCAUAAAAAAGUAACACAACAUUGUGCGACACACGACAACCAACAAACACAACAAACUAAAUAAAACCGAUGCCCCCGUCCCGAAAGAUGUGGUAUGACCCAUCCCAUGGGGCAGGAUCACCGAUCGAAUGCAAUAGGGGCAGUAGCUAAUGAACUUAUCUCGUGCGCAAACCGGGCCCGUGGGGGGGCUUGUGUACAAGCCGCAGCCGGACCCGACGUCCAGCCCUCCGCGGGUCGUAGGCAUGUUAAAGUAAGUCAAAACAAGAUGUUCUAAUCUAGAUGAAAAUUAUUAACAAAAAAUAACUGAAAUUUAAGUGACAUCCAGCAGAAGUAGCGACAAAACAAACGGGCAAAGAAAGCAUCAACCAUUAAAGGAAAGUUCUUGUUUGUUGGGUCUGAGAGUUGGAGAAAAUGAACAAAAAAAAAACACACACACAAUCGCGUGAAGUGGUAAUUUACGAACGGUAAUAGAACAGGCACAGCUGAAA